AUGGCUUAUGUUGUUAGGGAAGGGGGCAAGAAGAUGGUGUUGUCGUCUGCCGCCAAAAAAUGGAAGGAUUUUAAGUCUACCUUAACUAGGCAGUUUAUCCUUCCAUUUGCAAAUGAGAAGGAGAAGUUAAAAAAGCCCCCUCAGCUCUUCAAGGUUAUCCCCAGAUUUUUGAGGCCGUGCAUUCUGAGCAGUCACAGAGAAGGGAGAAAUGCGAGUGCAACCAUAGGUUGUCUCGAAAAGGGUACGUUGGUUUGGAGUAUGAAUUGGAAGAAACCAUGCCCGGUGAAGAAAUCGAUUGAUCUCUGCUAUGGAAGAAGGCAAGAGAAGAUAAACAAGGAAACAUCCCUGAUCCAAAGGUUGCAGAGAAGGCAAAAUUAA